AUGAGAGUCGAUUUCUCAACAAGUGGUAUCAGAGCCUCGGUUCUUCGACUCACUGAUUUGGUGAUGCUUCAAUGGUAUAGAAUCGACAAGGGAGGUGAUUCACAAAGAAACAAUCUCGCCGGUAAAGAAUCAAGUUCGAUUCUGGAAAAGAAGAACACAAGAUCGAUUCAUGGAAUCAUGGGGCAAUUGAUUGAAGAAUUUGGUGAUCUGGGUUUUGAAGUCGCUAGUGAAGGAAGAACCAACGAUGGAGUUUUGUUGGGUUUGGUGGUAUCGACAAUAAGAUAUCACAGGGAAGAAGUUCGUCGUUAA